AUCCUGCGCUGUGCCGAGGCGGUGGGGGUGGGGUGGGGGCGAAGGCGAGGGAGGAAAGGGGGGUGGGGACGCGGGGAGCCGGGCACGCCGAGGAGUCCCCGGCGAGGGGCCGGGAGCACCUGUCAGCCAGGGGACGGCACCGGCGGCGGGUCGGGGGUCGCUCGGGGCCGGCCUCCAGCCCGCUCGGCGGCGGGCACUUUCCGAUCAAUCACAAAGCUGCCGAUCGAUGCGCUCUCCGGGCGCCGCGACCGCCCCGCCCCCACCCCGAGGGGGAGGGGAGACCCAGGCGCGGGCGCGGCGCCGGGGCCGGGGGUCCCGAGCGGAGCCGGGGUCCGGGCCGAGGCCGCCCCGGGCCGGGCGCACAGAGGCCGCGGGACGCGCUCCCCGCCUGGCGCGCGGCGCGGAUCCGGCACCUGGAUGCGGUUCCCGCGACCCGAACUCCCGGGUCCGGGCGCCCCCGCCCCGCGCAGCACGGGAGGUCGGGCUGGGGUCGCUCGGGGGCCGCUCGGCGUCCCCUCCCCUGCGCUCGGGCGGCGCGGCAAGUGGGCCCCGGGCGCGGAGCAGGCCGGCGCGGAGCUCGCCUGUCCCCUCCCCUUCACCACCUUCCCGGCGGCGGGGGGGCCGGGGUCCCGCGCGCCGGGGCCGCCGCCGGGCGGUCCGGCAGGUGCCGGCGCGCACUGGGUGCCGCGGGGCCCCGGCGGGGGAUGCGGCCCGAGCGGCCCGGGCUCCCCUCCCCGGACGCCCAGAGCCCCAGAUAACGAGCCGGACGGGCGCUGA